AUGGUGCAGGUCGACUCCAGUCCUGCGCUCGAUCCGCCCAACAACGCACAGCCAGCGCCCGCUCCAUCCUCGCCGUCACCGACCCCGGCAUCACAAGAUGUCCCCGCCACCCCCGCAGCACCACCGCCAGCACCGCACACGCUCCUCUGGUCGAAAUCCAAGGUCUACGUCCACCCCUCGCCCUAUGCAAAGCACAACAUCCCCGGAUACCUCGCCCUCGUACGCCAGGGACCCAACCGCCCGCGCGCAACCAUCCUCCUCUCCUUCCUCCCAGAGAGCCUCGUAGAGCAGAGGCACGAACUCGAAAAGUUCGUUCGCAUCGAAUACACCGCUUCUGCAGGCGGCGACCCGGACAGUCCCGCGAGCAGCGCCCCAAGGACCAGCCUCGAUGUCGUCGACGAGGACCAAGACGACGAAGACGAGUCCGAGCUCAUCGCAGAGCCACCCGCCUCGGCCAGCUACGCCUUCUCGCUCCCAAUCACAAACAUCUACAGCUUCACGAUAAAGCCCCCCACCAUCAGCUGCUGGUACGGCUCCGUCACGCUCAGCCAGACUGGCGGCGUCGCCCUCCCCACCCUCCACUUUCACGACGACGAGAGCAAGAGCACUAUCCUCUCGAUGCACCGCGCAAGGUCCGCCACCGCCGCCGCUGCCGCACCGUCUUCCUCGUCGUCCUCUCCCAAUCCUACCCUCGCGUCGGCCCCCAGCCAUGGCAGUCUCGCAGAGACCAGAUCCUCCCACGCCGCCGGCUACAGCAACAUCUCAAACGCCGGCCUUCCCUCGCCUACGCCCACAUGGGGAGGCGACGAACUCCUGCACCAGCUCCGCAAGUACGCAAACGUCCACCGCAGCGUCAUCGAUCCGUCCCUCUUCCUCGUCAACCCUUCGCGGGCGGAUCUCGAGAUCCACAACACCCCGCUCUUCGACGACGACGCCAUCGACCGACCCAACCAGGCCGGCCCGUCCUCGUCUCAAGCUUCGGGCUCGAGCUGGCGCCACGAGUUGCCCGACGAUCCCUUCAAUCCGACGUACCCCAUGACCGGCUCGUCGUCCCGCACCAGUGCCUUGCAUCAGUCCAUGCCGCCCAGCGCCAGCCCAAAGAGGAACGACGCAUCGAUGGACAACCUGACCAUGUGGGCCAAAAGCACCCGCCUCUCGGUGCUCUCGUCGUUCGCCAACCUCACCCAGCAGGCGCGUCACGCCUCCCACGCCGUCCUCUCCCACCCACUGGCCAAGCCCUACGUCCCGCAUCUACCGGGACCCGUGCAGUCGUUUGCCCAGGCGGGUCCCAUUCCGCUCGGGCCCAACGAGGGGGAGUGGGAAUGGCGCACGUCGAGGAUCGCCAACAACAGCGGCACGGGAGAGUACUACGACAGCGCCCGCGUCUACCUGGCAAAGUGGGCUAGGCUGGUUGCCGAAGAGGGCGAAAGGAACCGGCGGCGCGAGGAGCGCCUCGGCAUCGUAUCGGAUGCCGAAGGGGGCGUUGGGGGCCAUGCUGGGUCCCACUCGGCCCAGGGCAAGGAUGGACGGACCGAAGGCAGCGAGCUCGGCGCGUUUGAAGUGCUCGAGAGGGUCUACGACUUCCCGCGGCCAAAGUCGGAGCGCAAGGAAAGGCUCCUCGAGCUGAGCGACGUCAAACCGUCGACCGAAGACGCUGCUACAACCUCGCCGACACCCUCGCCCGCCAUGGAUCUCGAUGAAUGGCGAUCGCUGUUCGAUCCGCAGACGGGCGCACCGCUGCACAGCGACUGCGAGAUCCGCCACCGCGUCUUUGUCAAUGGCCUCACGAAUGAGGCGAGACGAGAGGCCUGGCCAUUCCUCCUGGGCGCGGUGCCGUUUCAGUCCACGGCCGAGGAGCGCGCGCUGAUCUGGCAGCAGCGCGAGGUCGAGUACCACACGUUCAAGGCGCAGUGGCAGACCGACGAGGCGCUGCUCGAGAGCGACGCGAUAAAGGAGCAGCGCCACCGCAUCCGAGUCGACUGCCUGCGGACGGAUCGGUCCCAGCCCAUGUUUGCGUCGUCCCCGGCGUCGACUCCAGCCGACACGGGCGAUGCCUCAGCGACCGAGAACGAGAACGUGCGCCGGCUCGGCGAGAUUCUGUUGACGUACGGCUUCUGGGAGGCCGAGAGCUGUCGUCGCGGCGCCAGGCAAGACGACGAGACGGCCGAUGCGUCGCCAGUCGAUGGCCCGGAUGCCGACCCGGCCACAGCUUCGACAGCGGCAGCUUCACAUGUGCCACCAGAAGAGGGCGGUCUGGCAGGAUACGUGCAGGGGAUGAGCGACCUCUGCUCGCCGCUGUUCGUCAUCUGCCAAGGCGAUGAGGUCAAGACGUUCUGGUGCUUUGUCGGGUUCAUGGAGCGAGUCAAAUCCAACUUCUACCGCGACCAGAGCGGUAUGAAGACGCAGCUGCUGCUGCUGCAGAAGCUCAUCUCGAUGAUGGACCCACAGCUCUACACGCACCUCGACCGGUCGGACUCGCUCAACCUCUUCUUCUGCUUCCGGUGGCUCCUCGUCUGCUUCAAGCGCGAGUUCUCGUUCGACGACACGCUCAAGAUCUGGGAAUGCUUCUGGUCCUCGUCUCCACCGACGGCCGCCACGGCCAUGUCCAAGGCCACACCGGCCGGGGCUGCCCGCGAGGAAGGGUGGGGGUUGACGCAACAGCUGCCGCUCUUUAUCGCCCUGGCGAUCCUCGAGAUACACCGCGAGGUGUUGCUGAGGUACCUGGAAAACUUUGACGAGAUCCUCCAGUACCUCAACGGGUUGAGUCAGGGCGGGCUCGACGUCGAAGAGGUCCUGGCUAGGGCAGAGGUGCUUUCCCUCGCCUUCAAGGAGGUCGUCGACAGGAGGGGGAGGGGGAGAAGCGGUGAUGGUGCGGAGCAAGGACGAGGGGAGGAUGAAAUGGCCGUCAAGCUCUUGAGCGGCUUCGAAGAUCAAGAGCUGGCGACGUUGGCAGGCUAG